AUGGAAGUUAAUGCGGGCACUAUUGGCAAGCGGAAUAGUAAGGCAAGCUUUAAAUUCAAUUCCUCAAACGAUGGUGUGCUGUUACAUCUGCACCAUACCGUGCGGAAUCAGACCGAUGGAACCGUGGUAAGAAUACGAUUUACAGCGGCGGGAUUCAGCUGGAACAAUGAACGAUUGAUCGCGGCAGAUCAUAGGGAUAAUGUUUUUGUGUUCGAUUUAGUUGAUCAGCGGUUUUGGAUGCUACAGGAACGGCUUGCCAGAAUAACAGUGAUUGAAGGACUCUCCGGCGGUAAUCUGGUUGCCCUUGGAAACAAGGAAGGAAUGGUGUUUAUCAUCGAUUUGGAUACAAACAGUUGUGUUCGUAAACUUAAUGCCCACCCGGGACGGAUUGUACAUCUGACAAGUACACCCCAAUCCGUACCAAAGCCACACUCCAAACCAUCCAGUGCCGAACCAUUCGAACGGUACGAUCGUCGAUAUCUGCUGGCAGCAUCGCAAGACGGUGCGAAACUGUACUCGCUCGAUGAUUUCUCCGAACUGUCACGCAUUAGUUACGGUUUGGCAUCUAAUAAUUCAUUCCGCCCGAACGCCUGGCACUGGUUCGCCGGUUCCAACGGUACAUCCCUGAUUAGCCACAACACCAGCGGGAUUAUCAGAGCCUACCGGAUCAGUUUCAAGCAAGCCAAAGAGUUAAACGUCACACGGCUUAUCGAGCUUUAUCUUAAGAACACACCACCUCAAACGAUCGCCUUUGACCGGCUGGAGCCGGAUAAUGUCGAGCUUAGCGUGAAACGGUUCAUUGAAGUAUCGCCAGUCGCCGGAAGGCGCAUAAUAACCGCACAACCAACCACCGACGGUCAAUACUAUGCAGUACUGUACGGUCACGGUACCUUAGCCUUUCUGGCGCUCGACUCGUGGCUCAUCUGUCGGGUGGUUGCAUUUUCAAAUUUGUUUAUCACACACUUUGCAUUCGUACCGGUGGCCAAUGGUCGCAACGGGUGCGAUACCGGCAGCGGUCGUGUACGGUGGCCAACGGUUGCGUGUGCCCUUACUAUCCGUACCGCUGACAAUGAUUUAAUGCUGCUAAAAUUCGGUGGCACAACUACGAAUAAUAUGCCCCUGCUACGACCACUAACGAAGCGGGCCGAACAUAAUUGCUAUAAAUUUGGGAUCGCUCCCAACGGACGGAUGCUGGCCAAUGUUUUGAGCAGUGGUGAGGUGUUGCUACACAACCUGGAAUCGUAUCAGGUGGGGAGUGGUUCCGAUGCGAUUCCAAACGGCAACAGAUCCCGUACAAUGUACAAUGGUAAAACCGUGCGACCGGAUGGCACGUCGUCCAGUAGCAGCAGCAGCAGCAGCAGUACGGUGAUGAUGCAGUCCGGUACAGGGAAUGCUGGUUUGCGGUCACCACGCAAACUGAAACUCGAACAACAAAUAAAUGCCCUCCAAGAGCAGCUAUCGAAAACACUUCCGAAGCAGCGUUUGCUACCGAUACUGAAGGAGUAUGGUGAAUAUCCGACAAAGUAUCGUGCCACGAUUUGGCGCACGCUGCAGGAACUGCCGGGCAAUGCGGAAAGCUUCGGUAUGCUGCUGCAGCGCGGACCUCAUCCGUGUGUGGCCAGCUACGAGCAGCGUUUCGCCGGUUACGAUCAGCGUACCGUGCGUAACCUAAAGAAAACCGUUUCCUGUCUCGCACACUGGUGUCCCGUGUUUGGGCUUAUCGAUUACAUGCCCAGCUUUGUGCUACCGUUCGCCCGGCAGCAACCGAACGAUGCGCUCGGAUUGUUUGAAACCGUCGCAACGGUGCUGGUGAAUCAGUGUCAGCUAUGGUUCGAGUUUGCCCCGCUGGAACCGUUCAACUACCUGGCGAUGGUGGAGAAUGUGCUGGCCGAGUGUGAACCACGGUUGAUGGCAUUCUAUCGCCGGCACAAUGUUGCGUCCCGCACGUACGUGACACCGCUGAUGGAGACGGCCUUUGCACGGUGCUGCAGCGACGACCAAUGGCUAGCCCUGUGGGACCACGUGCUGUCGAAUGAGUCGUACUUUCUGGUGUUUCUCAUCGCCGCGUACAGCAGCCUCCAUCGGGGCACACUAAUGGCUGGGAAUGGUGCAGCAAUAGACAAAUUUUACUUCCAUCCAUCGAACUCGCUCGAUGUGCGACGGUUGGUUUGCCGUGCACACGAUCUAAUGGAACGCUGCUCCGACGCUACCCAUCCAAGGAAUUACUUUAAAUCCUUCGUACCGCUAAGCACAACUGGUCGAGCGGAUACGCUGCGUGAGAAAACCUACCACCGGAUGGAGAAGUACCGCCAAGACUCCGCUGCUCGACCAUUGCGCGAUCAGUGCCCUCCGAUGACCACCGGAAAACCGGGAGUUUUUCAUAGCGCGACUAAUAAUGCUAUUGAUUUCUCGUCACUCGGCAGUAAUUCAUCGAACCAUCGGUCACCGUCCGCAUCGUCGGCCGGCGGCGAAUUGGUUGAUGCGUGGGAAAAAGGAUCCACCCGGACGUACGUUAGCUUUGCUAACUUUCCGAAAAAACUAACCGAAGUCCGGUGCACGGAAACGACCGCCCUGCAGGCGGAACAGCGUCGACUGGAGGCGAAAAUUAUCGAACUGGAAAAGCUGGAGCACAGCCUGCAGGACCGUAUGGUGAACAACUUGAUACGCCAGGAACAUGCGGAACGCGUGCAGGAAGUGGAACGCAAUCUGGAGGAAGCAAUCGCGCGCGAGGAACAGCGUGUUGAAAUGCAGCGGAAAUUAUUGCUGCUCCACCGGAAGCAGCUGCGCGAGCGAGAAAACGAACUUUCCCUAGACGUGCACAAUGCCAAGCUCAUCAGUGACGCCACAGUACGGGAGCGGGAACUUGAUGCGCUGUUGAAAAAGUUUGAGCGCGAGCGACAACGGGAAGAGACCGAUCUACUGUUCGCCGAAGAGGACAUCAAACUGAAGGAGCUGGAACUGUUGGCACGGUACAACAGUGGCCCGGUAAAGGUGGCCGUCUCCAAGGGAACGUCUGCCGAUGAACGUCCGCUCGAUCAGCGGUACCAGGUGGCGCUGGAACAGUUGGCAGUACAGAAGCUAAAACUUUACGACGAAAUUGAUCGGACGUACUGUUCGCUGGGAAUGCCUUCGGGAGUCAAUGAGUAUACGUACCGCACCGUAUCGGAGCUGCGCAAGGUGGCGUCCGUGGCAAGCAGCGAGCGCUAUCCGAUGGCGAAGGUACCCGCCCAACAGCCAAGGGAACGCCAGCCGGUACUGAUGGAUGGUAAUUCCACGAGCCAGGAUUACGUGGAUACGAUACGGCGAAUAGAGGAACAGGUGAAGGUUUUACAACGGUUGAAAAACGACACGGGAAGGAAAUCGAAUAACAACCUAAUUGAAUAA